AUGGCCCAGGAGAACGCUUUCACAGCCCCCAACUCUGAGAGUAAGGACACGCUGAGCAACUUCUCUGAGUUCCUGUUGAGGAUUUGUGACAGUCUCCUCAUCCCCAUGGUCGUGAUCUACCUGGAAACGGCUGUCAGCCCGUCAGUGAUGGAGGUUUUCAUCUCAACGCUUAAUACCCUCUUUACAGUGGUGCCAAACAUGCGGAAUAAGUUCUCCAAAAAGCUGGGCAUGAUGAUUGUGAGAGGACCCCCCUGCAUUCAUAUUGUCCCGAGGUAUGUGGACACGCUCACUGUCGUCAUGGCGCCUGCCCGCCACGUCUACUGUGAGCAAACUGAGACUGAAGAAGCUGGUUUUGGUGUGUCUGAUCAGCUGAACAGUGCUAACCCUUUACUUCCCAUUCUGAAGAGCAAUUCCAGCAUUUUACUUAUUUUACUGGACCUGGUCUGCUCAGGCUCUGUGGAGGUGGCUUGGAAGGUGUUGACAACUCUAAAGACCUUUCUGGAAAAAAAUGAAGAUGUCCUUGUCUGUGACCUCCUCCGAAGUCAGUUCCUACAGAUUCUGCAGCAGCUGCUGGUAGAGAGCAGCUCAGCCUCUUUACAAGCUAACAGGAACCUGCCUGUUUUGCUGAGCCUCCUUUUCCUGGUGCAGCUGCGGAGCAAGGGUGUGAGGGAGCUGGACAGCACAGACUUCAAGCUACUUCACCAGGUCAGUAAUCUCUGUGGGAAAUGCAGGCCGAGGGACACUGACCUCCUGCAGCCAUCCUUGAAUUUUCUGUACUGGAGCCUUCAUCAGACAACACCCUGUAGUCAGCAGAGAGCAGUGGCUGUGCUGCUCUCCAAUGUGUCCUUGCUAGAGCUCCUGCAGAAGGUUUUGGAGUGCACCUGGUUGCGGUCCCCUCCCUCUGAACCUGCUUGCCUGUCGUCCGAGGAUGCCUUGCUGUGCUCUGCAUGGCUGUUGGUUGCGUCCCUCUUACUUUAUCAGCAUCGCUACAAUAUCGAGGUUCACCAGACGCUCUCUCUAGACCUAACAGAAGUCCUGAAUGCAGUCAUCUUCAGGAAGAAGCAGCCGAUCCUGCUGUUAGGCACCAACGCGUGGGGUAGGGGGGACAGAAACCCUGACACACGCUAA